AUGGAGGAGUUUAAAGUUCAGACAGCAAAGCACCCCGCUCCUAACCACGCUCCAAUGCGACCACAUAGUGACCAGUCCAAAGACAGGGCAUCCAAGCGGCUCUCGUCCGAAUCUAACGGCACCAGCGAGGGAGGGGCCGGAGCUGCCACACCCGUAGAGGUAACAGCCCUGGAAGAAGCGUUCCGCAGGUUCGCCAUCCACGGCGACACACGGGCCACUGGGAAGGAAAUGCACGGCAAGAACUGGUCCAAGCUCUGUAAAGACUGCGGCGUCAUCGACGGCAAGGCGAUUACGCUCACAGACGUGGACAUUGUCUUCUCCAAAGUCAAGAACAAAUCCAGUCGUACCAUCACAUUCAACCAGUUCAAGGAGGCCCUUGGAGAGCUAGCUAGGAAGCGUUUUAAAGAUAAAACUGGCGAGGCAGCAGCAGAAGAAGUUUUCAAGAUGAUAGAGGGGAAAUCGCCCGUCAUAUCUGGAGUAACGAGGGCUGUGGCCUCCCCAACAGUGUCCCGUUUGACUGACACCACCAAGUUCACAGGCUCCCACAAGGAACGAUUUGAUGAGACGGGUCGUGGGAAGGGUAAGGCAGGGCGGGUGGACAUGGUGGACACAUCCGGAUACGUCUCUGGAUACAAACACGCAGGGUCAUAUGAGAAAAAAGUUCACCAAAAACCGCAGCCAAAAGCCAUGUGA